GUGGCCACACCCACAGAAAGGCCCGCUUCUUGAACCGACUGUUGAUGUUUUUUGCGCUCGGUCGACGUCGCGCGACCGCUUGUGGCCGGCGAUGGCUCCAUGCGCCAGCUCUCAAGCUCUCGAGCCCUGAGGCCAUGGAGGCCUUUGGUGCCGGCCUUGCGCCGCACGUGCCAUGCCCUUCGACCGUCUUCCUCGUCGGCGACCUCGGCUGCGGCAAGACGUGCUUCGCCCGCGGCUUUGUGCGCGCAUGGACGGACGACGCGGAUAUGCACGUCACAUCGCCGACGUAUCUGCUUCUCAACACCUACGACGACGCGGCCAUGGCGCGAUCGCUGUAUCACAUGGACCUCUAUCGACUCGACAGCGUCUCGCCUGUUGAUGCCAAGGCCUUGGGCCUCGAGGAUGCGUUUGCGUCGAGUGUUAACUUGAUUGAGUGGCCUGACCGACUCACGCCUGACCUUGUGCCUGGAGACCGCCUCGAGGUUCACAUUGCGUACACCGACACGGAAGAUGAACGAGCCGUGCAGCUCAAGGCCUUUGGUUCGACAUGGGAAAGCGCGCUUCGCUGGUUCGAGUCCACGCAGGUUCAGCGAUAGCUUCAUCUAAUAGAGAAGGUGGGACACAAAAAGGUUUUCGAGUUCUG